UUCAUUCAGAAAAAUGUUACAUCUACCGAAAAUUGUCGACUUGUUGAAGGAGCUGCAAGAGCAGGAGAAAGAAAUUCAAGAGAUCAUUCUCGAGGAGAGCUUCGCCAGUCCAGAACAGCGACUAGCCCAACUGGAAUCGGUCACAUCACGGAUGCAUCUAUACCAUUCAAGGCGCGGGAAUAUUCUAAUGAGUUUGCAGCAAGAGCUAGGCAAAUAUGAGUACUUCACUCUGCUGGUGAGGCACAUUGCCCAGACGCACAGCUAUUUGAAAUCGCUCAACAAGGCACUGGACUUCCUGUACAAAGUCAACAUCUGCUCCAUCUGCGAUUUGAAAUGUGAGCCGCAUGGCAGGCAUUCCAUGGUGUCCCUGCGUUGUGGCCACCUCUUUGGGCGCCACUGCAUCAACAACGUCCUGCGGGAGAGCUCUCGGUGCCCCACUUGCUCGCGAAGAGCCCGUCAUCACGAAGUCCGCAGGAUCUACGGCUUAAAGUUUUAUCCUCUUUAAGCUGCGUUGAAUUAAUUGAAUUACAUUUUGUUCUUAUGAAACAAGAAUCUUACGCAUCCUUAGCGACAAUAAAAUUUUCAGAAUUGAAAGUAUUUUCAAAUU